UCUUUUUUUUAGUUUUUAGGUUUUAUGUUAACGACAUGCAAAUUUAAAGUGGAAAAAUUUAUCUUUAUAAACUGUUUAUGGUAAAAUGGCUUCGGACGCCAAUAAAGUGGAUAUUCGGACAAAGUUUGACUUAAAAGAAGUGCUCGGAACAGGUGCUUUUUCUAAAGUAUUUCUUGCGGAAAACAGAAAAAGUGGUAACAGGGUCGCCAUAAAAUGCAUACCAAGGAAACUGAUUAAAGGGAAAGAAGAUAGUAUUAAUAAUGAAAUUUCAGUUUUAAGAAGUUUAAAACAUUGCAAUAUUGUGGAAUUGCUCGAGAUCUACGACAAUCCAUCUCAUCUCUACUUAGUUAUGCAACUAGUCUCCGGUGGAGAAUUAUUCGACCGAAUUGUUGAAAAAGGAAGUUACACGGAAAAGGAUGCAAGCCAUUUAAUAUCACAAAUUUUAGAUGCAAUUGAUUAUUUGCAUAGUAAAGAUAUAGUGCAUAGAGACCUAAAGCCAGAAAACCUGCUGUACCACAGCACUGCUGACGAUUCCAAGAUAAUGAUCAGCGAUUUCGGAUUAUCAAAAGUUGAAGUUGAGGGGCAAAUGUUGAAAACUGCUUGUGGUACUCCAGGAUAUGUAGCGCCAGAAGUAUUGAAGCAGAAGCCGUACGGGAAAGAAGUCGACGUCUGGUCAAUCGGAGUUAUAGCAUACAUACUACUUUGCGGCUACCCGCCGUUCUACGACGAAAACGAUCAGAAACUGUUCGAGCAGAUAAUGAAAGCAGAGUACGAGUUCGAUUCGCCCUACUGGGACGAUAUAUCUCAAUCAGCCAAGACCUUCAUUAGUCGGUUAAUGCAUAAGAAUCCACACCAGAGAUAUACUUGCAAACAGGCACUGAACGACCCUUGGAUCGCCGGUGACGCAGCAGGAAGCAAAGACAUUCAUGGUCACGUCAGUCAAAACAUUAAAAAGAACUUUGCCCGUAAUAAAUGGAGGCAAGCCAUCAACGUUGCGACCGCUACAGCGCGUAUGAAGAAACUUAAUCUUGCUACACAAACGCUGAAGAAUUCAACUUAGAAUUUAAGUAGGUCCCUCAUACCCGGUUGGAAAUACUAUUGUUAUCGUGCCCAUUAUUCGAUGUUUUCCGAAGCUUGUUAUCCGAAGAUUGCCGAAGCAUCUUACCAAUAUGAAAAAGUUUCUGCAGAUCAUUAAACACCGCUGUUUUUUGCUCUGCAGAUUUCUGGUGUUUUCAGAUUAGUUAACCUCAUGCUCAUAGUCGACUGAUUGACAGUUUUAUGUCCGUUGCAAUGGCACUUAACUAUUACAUUUUACGUCCCCUCUGGGCAGGUUUUAAUGAAAUUACUGUUUUUUUACGUCGAGCUGUCAGUAUAUAAUUGCUCCAAUAGUAAAUCUAUUAAUUUUAUGCAGUUUAUCGAUUCAAAUAAUUAUUUUUUCUGUCGUUUUUAAGGUAAAAACAAAUUUGUCGAUUUUCCUUCUUUUAAAAUAAUGAAUAAUGUUGUUUCCAUCAAUUUCCCUCCAUUUUUAUCUAAUACAUGUGAAUAGCAUUAAUUUUACUUAACUGCAGUUUAUUUUGCAUCAUAACCGAACUGUUAUCGUUACCCAUUUGAUUAUUUUUAAAGCACACACAAAUUACGGCGAAGCACUCUCAAUUUACUCUUAACCAGAACCCCGAAAGGCAGUACUGUAUUUAUUCACUAUUUCUUAAAUUUAUCGUUUUUUUUUUCAAAAUUUAAAUUUUUAAAUACUAAUAACUUGUGUUGUGGCGUAUUACUCCACGCAAAUUGAGCGAAGCACUCUCAUUUUACUCUUAAACUGAAUCUCGAAACCUGUAUUCACAAACUAUUUCCUUACUGAUCGUUUUUUUUUCAAAAUUCGAGUUUCAGAUAUUAAUAACUUGUAAACAUGUUAUGUAGUGGCGUCCCACUUUGCCCCAACAUGGGACCAUGCACCCAGAGAAGCGACAUGAAUUGUAUAUUUACCAUCGUCGUCUUGUUUCACGCAUAACACAUGCCUUAACAGCGAUUCCGGUACCACACACGCGAGUUUUGUUGUUGUCACCUGUUUUCAAAUUACGCCUCGUGUUGACGCUGUCCCGUUCUGCCCCUAGCAGAUUUUUCUCAAGUUGCACACUACACAUAUAGUAGAGUGGGGCAAGAUGGAGCACCUUUCAAUCUAUUUUCUCGCCCCAUUUAAUGGUAAACAAAGAAAAUUUAAACAAUUGUAAGACCGUAUCCCCGCGACUUUCAUAGACCAUUGUUAGUUAUUUAUAACACGAUCAAAAUAUUUGGAUAUUAUGUGCUAAAGGUGUCCCAUCCUACCCCACAUUACCGCACUAUAUAUAGAAGCACCCGCUCUAGUAAAAACGAUCCUGCAUUCCACUUUUCAUUUCAAACGAAGCUUUCUUUUAAUUGAACUUGUUUUCAAUUAUUCUGGUCUCAAGAUACCUGUGUCUGUCCAAUACAUUGAUACAAUUAGAAUCUUUA